UGCUGAGAAUAGUUCGUUUCAAAUCUCGGUUGAUGAUUGUUGGCAAAUGUGGGAAUAAAAACAAACGAAACAAGAAAAUAAUUUUAACAUUUAAUUUCUUACAGAUUAAAAAAUAAUUUGAAAUAAAUAUUACUAUAACACCUUUUACGUGUGCAAUGUGUUAAGCGAGUGUACUGAGUGAAAUUAAGAAGUACUGACAUUCUUAAACGUUCGCGAAUUUUUAUUAUUCAGCAUAACUAAUUUUAUUAGCAGAAAUAUUGUGUACAAUCGGAUACUACUUUAUGACACACGUAGUAUAAUUGUUAAGAGGCUAGCAAGCAAGCCGAGAAUUGUGAAAAACCACAAUUCUUUCUUUGUUCCUUAAACACCGACAUUGAACCAAACCAGCGCUUUGUGUUCUUUCAUUUUACGUGUACAUUUAGUAAGAAAAACGAAAAAGAAAAAGUUUAUAUUUAUAAAUUUUGCUACUUAAAUAUUCGUGAAUUGUGAAAAAGUAUGUAUUAAAAAACUAAACUCGUAUAUAGUAUAUUGUUGUUAUACAUAUACGAAUAUACGCCAUUCACGGGUCAAUAUUUUAUCAGUUAAAGCAGCCACCAAAAAUUAAACUAAAUAUUUUUUCAAUCUGAAAAAACUUUAAUAAGUCCAUAUUACAUAUAUACAUAUACAUCUGUGUAUAAAUUUAUAAAAAUACGCAAUGCAGAAAUUUAUAUCGAGAAAUAAUUUUGGGAUGUCGUCACAACGCUUAAAUGCAUGUCGUAGCCUUGUACCAUUACGUUUCAUACUGUUAUGUGUUAUUGGUAUUAUCCUCACGUCGUACGUGCCCCACACAAAUGCUACAUCUUUUCCCACACUAAAGUGGGAAGAAAUACGUACUGAAUACAUUGAUUUGGAAAAAGCUCUAUGGCAGUAUUUGAAUAAGUCUACUACUAAUGGUAAUAAACUGUCACAAAUAAGAAAAGUCUUUGAUUCCCACAACAGCUUUAUUAAAUGGCAUUUGCAGAGCUUGUUUGAGCCUGGUGAAUACAACAUUUUAAAUCAUUAUGAGUGGAAACUACUUGAACGUGAUUUAUUGGAAAUAGAUGGUAUAUUUGGAUUCUUUAAGGAUUUUAUGAAACGCAACGAAAACUUCACUAAUUUGGAGGAACGGGCCGUAUUAGAUAUAUGCGAUACAGCUUUGCGAAAUGAUAAAGUAUUCUCAAUGUCCCGCAUUUUUCAGGAUAUUGAAUUGGUUAUGGUUAAACAGACUUUAUACUAUCGUGCAAUGUUGGAAUCCGCAAAUGAAAUAUGCCACACGCAACAAUCGCCUCAGCAAUUUGUUUACUCACUCUAUGCCGACAUUGCAAUGACGGAAUUGAAGGGAUACGCACUCAUGGAAUUUUCAUGGAUGAUGUUAAGAAUUUAUGGCAAGGGUAAUUUUACAGAAGAAUCUGAGCUUAUGCGUUCUGAUUAUCAGAAACGUACUGAGCGCACACUCAAACUACUACGCGAAGUUAUGUUACGUUCCAGUCGAAACGUUUGGCAUUGCGAUCCCGAUAAAUAUGUUAAGGGGGAAACUUAUGAGGAAGUCACUCGUUUAUUACAGGGUUAUAUAGAGAAUGAAGUUGACAUGAAUAACGAUGAAACAUGUCGAGAAGAUUGUGCAUUUUACAUAUCCGCAAAAUCAGAAGGUUGUUUUAAGAAUAAAUAUUGUGCACGUCAACCUAAAUGUUCUGGCAGGUUAUAUAGCUGUAGGUAUUUGGAUUCAGAUAUGUGGAUAUGCCCAUCGCCCUUGAAUAGCACGCGUCGAUAUGAAUGGAUUGAAUAUGAAAAUGGUCGAAUUUUGGGGAAAGCGGGUUAUUGUACUCGCGGUACAACAAAGGUUGAUUCUUGGUGGCGUUAUUUGUUAUGGCACUGUAGCUACUGCUUUUGCCUUUGCGACGAGCAAGGUCUAAAAUCCGAUCGGUAUUUUAAUUUACGUGAUGUUGUCUCCGAUGUAGAGGAAAAUAAGGUUGUCACUGGAUUACGUUUUGUUAAAAAAAAUCGUGUUUUCCAUUUACAAAUACAACAAGGUGAAUUGCAACCACGCGGUAGCAUUAAUGCAUCAAAUAUUUCUUGGAAACCAACAAAUAAUUACAACAUAUUCGAUCGAGAUGUCAAGAAUGGACGAGAUUAUCACACUUUAAGUUAUGAAUCUCGGUCAAUAGACUUAGAUGAUGUCCAUACAGAGGAUAUCAGUUAUAUUGUCACUGGUGUACGUUUCAGAGUCAUGGGUACACAUUUAAAUCUAGAAGCUCGUUUCAGUGAAUUUAAUUUUAAAACGGGAGAACUGGUAUCACCCGAAAUAAAUAGUUUCUGGAAAUCUAAUGACAAUACUGAUGUAAGCGGAAAUAGAAGAACUAAGAUAAGACUAAAUAGUCCAGAUAUAUCAAUUCGUACUAUUGUGAAAUCGUUGCCGAAUUCUAAGGACAAUGACUAUAUUGACUUUGUUAAUUCCGAUAUGGACAAGGAUGCUGCUCAAAGUACAGUACCUUUUAUUGAUACACAAGGUGUGGUUUCAAAGCCACCAGUACCGCUAGCAGGUGUGGGUAUAUAUCAUAAAACUCAGAAUGGCUACGGUGGUUUUGUUGGUCCAAAAAUUGAGACCUAUGAUUUUGCACCACAUGUACAAUUGCCGACACAUGGCUAAUAGAAAUACUACCAGCGUUACAAUUUUUAUGUGAAAUCAUAUUAUAUAUAUAAGAUUUAUCAAUUAAGAACAAGUAGCAUAUAAGUAUAAGGAGCAAAAUAUAAUAUAUUAAUUAUAGCUUAACAUUAUAUAUUAAAAAAUGUUAAAAUAAACAGUCAAAAAACAGUUCCAAAGUAUGUAAAGAUCUUAGUGAAUACAAUUAAACGAUAGAGUAGAAUAAAAACUAAUAUAAAAAUUUAUUGAAUUUAUUGUGUCAAAUAAUUUACGCAUGUUGGCAUAAAUUAUACAUGGUUCUGAUUGCAAAAAAAUUAAAAAUUUAUUAUGAAUUACAAC